GCUUAACCCCGGCUCCCACGCCGGGCCCUGAAGGGCUGCCGGCCGGGGAUUGGAGGCGCGCCGUCCCCUCCCAGAUCCGGGGAGGGUCCCGGCUCCCAGCCGUCACCCCGCCGCCGGCCGGCGCUUCACGGAGCCGCGCGCUCAGCCGCCCACCUGUCGCCCGCCUCCUCACACGGCCGCCGCGGGGGGCGGCGGCGGGCAACGGGGUGCUGUUCCCCCGCGGACCGGGCCGGCGGCUCGGCAGCGCCCUCUCCCCCGGCAGUGUGCGCGGGGUUGGUCACUGUAACGGAAUGAUCAUCAAAUACAGCCUUGGAUGAAUUUGCAGAAAAACUCAGACCCGUUGAAGACAGCAGACCCUGCUUAGUCUAGACACUUUCAUUCUUUGGGAAUGGUUAUUCAGUUGCCUUGGAGAUGAUCCUACUGCUGUAAAUGUAGGGCUGAAGAUUAAUGGUGUGGGCAGUAUGGACCUAACGAACGGACAGUCAAGCAGUGUUAAUAUUGCGGCUACCGCUUCAGAGAAGAGUAGCAGCUCUGAAUCCUUGAGUGACAAAGGCUCGGCUGAACUGAAGAAGAGCUUUGAUGCAGUGGUAUUUGAUGUUCUAAAGGUUACACCAGAAGAAUAUGCGGGUCAGAUAACGCUAAUGGAUGUCCCUGUAUUUAAAGCAAUUCAGCCAGAAGAGCUGGCAAGCUGUGGCUGGAAUAAAAAAGAGAAAUACAGUUCUGCACCAAAUGCUGUUGCUUUCACCAGAAGAUUCAAUCACGUAAGCUUCUGGGUUGUUAGAGAGAUUCUACAUGCACAAACCUUAAAAAUAAGAGCUGAGGUUUUGAGCCACUAUAUUAAAACUGCAAAGAAACUGUAUGAGCUGAAUAAUCUGCAUGCUCUUAUGGCAGUUGUGUCAGGCCUACAGAGCGCUCCAAUCUUCAGGCUGACUAAAACGUGGGCGUUACUGAGUCGAAAGGAUAAAGCCACCUUUGAAAAGCUGGAGUAUGUUAUGAGUAAAGAAGACAAUUACAAAAGACUUCGAGAUUAUAUCAGCAGCUUGAAGAUGACUCCUUGUAUUCCCUAUUUAGGUAUUUAUCUAUCAGACUUGACAUAUAUCGACUCUGCCUACCCAUCAACAGGGAGCAUUCUGGAAAGCGAGCAAAGAACAAAUUUAAUGAACAACAUUCUUCGAAUUAUCUCAGAUUUACAGCAGUCAUGUGAAUAUGAUAUUCCUCUGUUGCCUCAUGUCCAAAAAUACCUAAACUCAGUUCAGUACAUAGAAGAACUACAAAAGUUUGUAGAAGAUGACAAUUACAAACUUUCAUUAAAGAUAGAACCAGGGACCAGCACCCCCCACUCUGCUGCUUCCAGAGAAGAUUUAGUAGGCUCUGAAGUCGGAGCAUCUCCACAAAGCGGACGGAAAAAUGUUGCAGCUGAAGGAGCCUUGCUACCACCAACACCACCUUCGCCUAGGAACCUGAUACCGCAUGGGCACAGGAAAUGUCACAGUCUGGGAUACAAUUUCAUACACAAAAUGAAUACAGCUGAAUUUAAAAGCGCAACAUUCCCCAACGCAGGACCAAGGCACCUACUAGAUGACAGUGUCAUGGAGCCUCAUGUACCAUCCCGAGGGCAAGCAGAAAGCUCCACCCUUUCUAGUGGAAUUUCUAUAGGUAGCAGUGAUGGUUCUGAACUCAGUGAAGAGACUUCCUGGCCAGCAUUUGAAAGGAACAGGUUGUACCAUUCUCUCGGUCCGGGGACAAGAGUGUCACGAAAUGGCUAUCGAGGCCACAUGAAGGCCAGCAGCUCCCUAGAAUCUGAAGAUCUGGCUGUUCAUUUGUAUCCAGGAGCAGUUACUAUUCAAGGUGUUCUCAGGAGGAAGACUUUGUUGAAAGAAGGCAAAAAACCUACAGUAGCAUCUUGGACGAAAUACUGGGUAGCACUGUGUGGAACCCAGCUCUUUUACUACGCUGCAAAAUCUCUGAAGGCCACAGAGAGAAAACAUUUCAAAUCCACACCGAGUAAGAAUGUGUCAGUGGUGGGCUGGAUGGUGAUGAUGGCAGAUGACCCUGAGCAUCCCGAUCUCUUCUUACUGACUGAUUCUGAGAAGGGAAAUUCAUACAAGUUUCAAGCUGGAAACAGAAUGAAUGCAAUGCUCUGGUUUAAACACCUGAGUGCUGCCUGCCAAAGCAACAGACAACAGGUUCCUGCCAACUUGAUGACCUUUGAAUAAUAGGCUAAUGCAAAACAAAAAAGAACGAUUUGAACCAUCUCCUGAUGAAAAAAUGUGCCAGCUGUAUUCUGUGCCAGAACAGAGCCUGUCAACUCAAUCUCUGAACUCUGGAGCCCUGAACAAAAUCACUAAUGGUUGGGGAGUAGAGUCCCCCAAAUUAAAAAUGGAGUUGCAACAUGAAUUGCCAUGGACCAUGCUUCAUUAUAUUCUCUGAACUGACCUGUGGAAACCACUGCCUUAAAGAGUGAAAGGAAAAACAACAUGAAACACCAAAUAGUGUGUGUGAAACUUCUGGCGGUGCUGUGCUUGAGUUAAAUAGAUUGUAGCUAGUUUGAGUUUCUUUUAACUUUAUACUAAUUUUGAAAAUAACUCACCUUUUUAGGCAUUCUUAAGAAAACAAGUAAACUGGUAUUUGAGAGUUGUAUCAAAAGCGAUGUAUCAACCAGGUAAAAGAGGUACUAAACACUCUAGAGAUGUUGUUUGGACUAUACCAGGAGUUCUCGGUGGGAGCUUGUCCCAGGCACACUCUCAGACUUACAAGUAUAAGAAAUGUAACAACUGCAAGUUUAAAAUAGCAGUAACCUUGCAAACCUUAGUACUGUAUGGGAGCCACGUUCCCUACAAGUGGCACAAAGGCUGAGCACUUAACACACCAAAAAUUUUUUUUGGUACAUUGUUACCUAAUUCCUGGUUAAAAAAGUAGUUCACGUGUUUUGGGUGGUCGGUGUGUGUGUAAGAGACAAAACUGAAAGCACUGUUGGGUCAGAACUGAGUGUUUUCUUCCCAUUUGUUUCUGCACCUGUCAUUCUCCUACAUACGAAGGUUGAAUGAUGAAAAAACCCAACACCUGGGUAUCGUUCAUGGAGACAUUUUACUUCUCUGGGUAUCUGUUAAUUAACGGUUAGGGACCACUGUCAGUGUAUGGUAUCACUUAAAAGUUCUAUGUUAUAAAAAGAUAGAGGCACAAUUUCAAGCUUUCAUGUUCUUAUUUGGCAAUAAUUGAUUUCAGUAUCUUGUCUUGGUCCAAAUAGUUGACAUUGUGUGGUAUUGAUAACAUGGCCUAAAGCAGACCUUACAUACAGAAGCUCUUUUGAUCUUCAGGCAAAUAAUUCAUCAGAAAGUAGGAUAACCUAAGGAGAGAAAAGGUGUGGGACUAUCAAAAUUCCGUCCUUGUCAGGAAUAAUUCUUGGUCACUGAAAUUACUCACAGAAAAAAACACUAUGGUUGUAAAAAGGGAGCCAUGCUUUAUAUGUGUGUUUUAUGCUUAAGACUUUGAUUCUUGCUUUAUUUGGGUUUCCUUGAUGUCACCUAGAUAUAGUUUCCUGGAUGAUUAGUCUUUCUUUAAUCUUCAAAAAUAUGAUCUUUGUAAAGCAAGGAAACAUUGUCCAAAAUAUGACUCUAAUAUCAGAACUUGAAAGUCUGUGAAAAAGUAGUAACUGUUCCAUUGACAUUGUGGUUUAGUGGCCGUAAAUACGCUUGCAGAUUCCACCAUGAAUACUCCUUUUUAAAAAGAAACAAGCUACCUACCAGUCUGUGGCAGAGUUCUCUGACUAUCAAUAAAGGUUUCUACUAGUAGUUAUUCUUUUGAAAAUGUACAGUUUGUUCAUUGCAUCUGAGUAGAAGCCUAUAAAUUCACUUUUUUGGUUUUUUUCCAGAGUCAAAUUAAUCUCAAUGGAAAUUACUAAUUUCUCAUUUCUAGGAGGCAAAAAAGGAGGACAAUCCAAUCUCACAGUAAAAAGGAAAAAAAAAAAAAAAACACAACACAAAAACCCCAACCAGUUGGUGGUGUAGAGUAAAGGUAGUAGGCCAGUUUAUGUUUCCAAGAAUUGUUCUUGUGAAUUGGCUCUUGGUAGAAAGAAAACAGUAGAAGGAUGCUUCUGUCAGAGUUACACCACAAGCACUGUGGGAAUUUGUGUCCCUUUGCAAUUAUUUUGUUGUUGUUGUUCUGAUGGGGAAGGAAUAGCCUGUUCUGAUCCUGAAGUCAUGUAUUUUGGGAAGGGGUUGCUUGGCUGAAUCCCUCUGCAAAUCACACAUCUCCCAAGUUUACCCAUGUUGGGUGUAUAGUAAAGGCAACAUCUUCAUAGCCAGCAGUGUUACCGUAGUAGACUUUGCACAACUUUAGUUUUGGGGUUUUUUAAUUUUAAAAAUUACUUAAUGUGUCUUUCUUCUCAACAACUAAGUGUUUUUUAACAAUGUGUGUACUUUUCUAAGCAUUGUGUGUAAUAGCCUGUGGAUUUUGGAUUUUUAAAUAAGCUAUUGUAGGUUCAUUGCAGCAUAACUGUAUCUGUUCUUCUGUUAGUGAAAGAAAACGUGACUGGGAGCCACAGCCUGACAUCACACAGCUUUGCUAAAGACAGAGCCAGGUCAGAAGGUGUCAUUUGUUAUUGUCUUUUUUUUUUUUUAUUUUCCAGCUGUUUUGAGCUAGGUUUUUAUGGUAGGAAGAUGGUGGGGAAAACUGUUCACAGAUUGUUGCUGUUAGCAGCUUUCAUUGUUCUUAGGCCUCCUGCUCUUCUUGGUGUUCUACCCUCAGAUACGCAGUUUCUCAUGGGAGAGACUGAAUAUUGUGGGAGGAGUUACUUAAAAUGUGUUACCAGAAUAACUGGAGUGGUUAAUGACAACACAGAAAACAUUAUUGGCACUUGCUACAAUGAGUAGUUCGGUACUGCUGUUGUUUAUCUCCUAUUUAGCCACGUAGUCCUACAGGGCAACACAGAAGUACUGGAAUGUGACGUAUUUUGAGAUAAAUGGUGCUCAGAAAGGGGUGGUGGUUUUGUUCCCUGAAGGAAAGUUGCCUCAGCUAAGCUUUGGAAAGCCUCACACAAGUCAAAUACGCUGUUAAAGAACGUAGUAAUGCUCUUUUUUAAAUAGAGGGUUUUAAAAAAUUAAAUAAUUAAAACCAGUGCUGAGAAAACAAGGACAGCAAUGAGCUCAUGGUAUUCAGGUAAGACUGUCAUCCAGACUUUGGCAGUUUCCCUUUGGUUUUUAUUUUUAAUGUAUUGCUCUAAUUCUUUAUCUUGUUAAUAACUGCUGAAAUACUUGAGCUAAUAUUUAUCACUUUAUUUCUUAAUGUUUUCAUUUUGAAACGAAAGAUGCCCCUUAGAGUACCCUGUUUGGAAGGCAUAUGAGCAAAAAGUAGUCAGAGUAAAUCUUCAAAGCAAGGCUUCACGUGUAAAUGUCAGCUACGUGCUGACUGCUAACCGCUUUGUUAGCUAAACUAGCAGUCUUGGUAAAGAUUGAACAACAAGAAAUGUCUGGUUUAUGAAAUUGGUGCAGUGCACUGGAAGUACGUCACGUGGCACUGGUUGUUGAAUACUUACUGCUAGCUUUUACCUUUCUCACUUAAUCGGUACUACUUUUGGCUAGGUUUUUUUAAACCUGACUUCUAUCCCAGUGUUCUUAGAAAGCAAAUCCAGAGAUUUAUUUUUGAAAAACUGUUGAUAAUUUGAGUAAACAUAGCUCAUCACAGACGCAUAUUUCAUUUUGCAGACAUUUCGUGCCAGAGGAAUAUUACUCUGUCUGUUGUGAUUCAAUAAGUAUUUAGGUGCAAGUUACAGGCUUUAAAACUACCACCACUAAGAGAAUGUGCAUACUUAAUGAAUGAGCUUUAGCACCCAGCUGUAAAAUUGUGUUACUGUUAGCUCUUCUAAAUUACUGUGAAAAAUCAUAUCCUAUGUAAGAAAGAUCUGAAAAAGAAAAUACUGUAACAGCAGACAUUAUUUGUCAACUUUGCAGCUGGUGUAUUAAGCAGCCCCCUAGUUACACAAAAGUUUUAUCCUCCGACUUGAGAAAUUGAUGUCUCUCUUGGGGAGUCAGCUGAUGAACUUUCCUCCUCAAAAUGCAACUGCAGAGCACUUGAACUUUUACCACGAAAAGUGUUUAUAGAAGUAUGCAUAUUUGAAAACAUUGGAAGCAAAAGAAAGCAUAAAAAAAAACCCCAGCAGGAUUUCAUUACUUAUCUUUUCCUCACUAGAAGUAAAUUCAUCUAAUCUAAUUUUUCUUGCAACAUCAGCCUCCUCUGUUUGCAUUUAUACAUUUUCAACAAUAGUCCUCCUCUAUUAGUAUCAGACAUAACAAAUGAUAAAAGGAAAUGCUUUCCUUUCCAGCAGAAGUAAUUGCAGGGGUUUUGUGCUGCUGAGGCACUCGAGGAGGUGAGGUCCCUUUUGAUAAAAGGCAAAUUGAUCUUGUGGUUUUGGUUAACUGUAGCAAAUCUUGUCCAAAUCAAGAUAAGAUAAAUCAUGGGAUGUUUUUUCUUCUGUCUCUGUCAGUGGCAUUUUCUUCAUUCUUUGUCCCUUUUUUGAUAUGCUAACUCACCAGCAUUAGUAGUUCCAGUCUUUUCUGUGACUGGCUGUAGUAUGCUGCCUGUUGCAAGCAUGAAGGCACCAGGGCUGGUACUAAAUCGCAGCAGUUAAUCGCUUAUUCUACCUACAAGGACAAGUUUUUAAAGUUUUGUUGUUAUUUAAGUAUUGCCCUUUUUCUUUAACUUUCUCUAAAAGUGGCUUGUGCAUAAGGUCAUUUGUCUUGGGAAAGUUGUCAUUAAAAGAAUCUGUACGAGUGGACGCUGAAUUUGUUUGUAGGGGUUAUCUAGUUGUGUUUUUGUUUUUUGUUUGUUUGGUUUUUUUUAAAACCAUCAUUCUAAUUUGUAAUGCAUCAAGAGGGUGAGUGCUUGGAUUUAAGGAGGACUUUUAUCAGUGCCUUAUUAUUGACUUGAAGACCAAUUCCUUUAUUUCAGUGCUGAGAGUACCACAAUGGCAGACGUGCUUACUGUGUCCUUGAUGUACCAAGGGGUGACAUUCCUUAUGGUCACUGCAUUUCUGCAGAAGUCAGUUGUUUUGGUCAAUGUAAAAUAGUUGUGGCUUCAGUUGCUUUAGUUGUUGGGGUUUUUUUCUGUAUUUGUAUAGCUGCUUUUUAGCAAAAAUGCAGAGGUAGCUUGGGCAUGUUCAGCUUUCGUCAGAAGUAGCUCGGACUUCUUAAAAAUUAAUUUAUUUUUAUGUUGAUAUGUCUCUAAGUAGAUUUGGGGGAGGGGGGUGUGUAACUGAAAAGGGUAGUCCAAGUCACAGUCUAGACCACAUGAACGUAAGAGCUCACAUCAUUAGAAAGGAUCUUGCUUUCCUUUCUCCCAUUUUGAUUCAAACAUUGAAGAGCAUUCUUAGGAGAAGACUUACUUCUUACAAGCUUUUAGUUAAUGUAAAAUAAAUACUACAGGAACAACUAUUUAGGGAAAGAGAAGGCUUGGAUAAAUCUUACUCUUUGUUAAUAUCUCAGAAGCUCGGUUUUUGUCUGUUGUAUUUCUAGUGCCAACACUAUGUAGAGAGUACUCAGUGAAACAACUGCUAGAGAUUGUUUUAGUAGCAAGAGUUUAGAAGCUUUGCAAGGGGAAAUGAAAGUAAGAAUGUAUUGUUCUUAAGCGAUUAAAUAUUUGUUUUUCUGGAACACAUCCUUAUAAAACCAUAGCAGUUUUGCUACAGUGUUUAUAAAUUGGGAUGUUGGAAAGGGAAGGAUAAUUUGAAAAUUCAUCUCUUGCUUUCUAAGAAUAUUCAAAAACAAUAGAAGGGUCAGGUCAAAGGAGAAGAGACAAAUGUGUUUAGCCAUGCCUGCUGCAGAACAGAGCUGACAAGUUUUCGUGAAGUUACGUUGCUAAAAAAAAAAAGGUGUAUGAAAUGUAACGAAAUGCAAAUUCCUGCAGGUCAUGGCAUGGUUGUGGCUGUUAGCCUGAUCUUGUUCUUGAAUGGCUAGAAGCAUCAUAAAUGUUCCGUUUCCUGUGUGUUGGAUUAGCGUAUUAUUUAUCUUUAUUUGGGUAGGUUCUGGCCUUCGCAUGUGUUUCCUGAAGGUAUUUCUUACCAUUCCAAAACUGAAAAGCAGUAUAAAUUGAUGAAGUGUUGAAAUAAAAGGUUUAGGUUGCCUUGUUUAGAGGCACUUCUAGCUCCUUGUGUACGGGAGCACAUCCAUUCACAUACUACUGUACUGAAGUGUGAAAAGCACCCGGAAAUCAUAUAUAUGUUUUAUAAUAAUCCUGUAAGGACCAACUGUCACUGGAAGGGGGAUCAAGGUCAUCAUGCAGUAAACACAAGCCAUUUUUAAUAUUCCCUGCAGGCGUGAGGUGUUAUAGGGAUAGAGGGAUUGCACUAUGAUCUCAUUGAGUGAUGUGCAGUUUGGCUGUCCUCUAGCCUAUUUCUUCAACUUUUUUUUAAUACUUUAUUCUGUGUGUGCGUGUGAAAAUUGUGUGUUUGCAUAAGCUAGUUUAAAUGAAUUUAAGUACAGGUUUCAAAAAUCUUUCAUACUGAAAUAAAUGAUUUAAAAGAUAGAUUGUGUCCGAAGUUUUAAUUUCUCAUUAAAAAACUGCAUUCAUAUUGCAGCCAGGUUUUGCGACAUGGAAUUUGACUGUCUUUCAGAAUGACGCUGAGAUCAGCUGGAAUUUUGGGAGCUUUUUUCAAUGAACCUCUGAAGUGUACCUUGUAAAUAUACCAUUGUCUGUAAGUACAAAAGAAAUCCAAAAACUAUCAGGAAAAUAGAGUUCAUUGAAGAGAGUUAUGUUUAGUUUCAGAGAUCAUUCUCUUAAAUGAUGUGUUUUUUCUCUCUAUGGUAGUAUAUCAGAUUUUUUUCUGUUGUUUCUAUACUUAGAGAUGUGAUAAAUUUAAACUCACUGAAAGCAGUCAUCAGGCAGAUUGGCUCUUCACUUAAGGAGCAACUACGUGGAAGAUAAACUGAAAAUGAAGAAGGAAUGAAUAGCAUGCAAAGCCUUCUACCACAUUAGCUUUUGAGUUGGUGUUACCUCUCCACUUUCUGUGCCUUUUUAAUUCUUUUAAUCCUUACUGAACAGGAUCGCGCAGCCCUCAGUGGGAAAUGCUGUGGGGUGAGGUUGGGAAAUACGUGUCAGAUUGUGAGCCUUGGGCUCCUCCUCUUUUUUUUUUUAACUCCUUAAUGGAACAUUCAUUUCAAAUGUAUAAAGAAAGAAGGAAUAAAGUAGAUUUUUGUACUUCCCCUUUUUCUUAUUCACAGAUUACUGUGUUUGAGGAAAUGCUUUGUGGUUGAUAGUGUAAAAAGAAACACAGAAUUAAUUAGGUGGUGAUUGCUAUUUUCUUGUUCCUUUUCAAAGCUCCUUUUUUACUCAUCGAUUUCUGGCAAACAGAUUUUCCGAUGAGAUGCUUUAUUAACUCGGAUGCUGACUCCAUGCUCUCUGGCAGGCGCCUGAGACUGCACAUUGAGAGGCACAGAGUAAAGGCAUUCUUGGUUCAGAUGCCUCUUCUUGGAAAAGAUUUUUCCUCCCCUGUUUCAGCUGCAUCUCUGUCUACAGCAGUGCUUGUGAGCUUGCGAUUCCAAGGCUGGUGCUCUCCUCUGUUAGCUUCAUCGUGUGUCUCUGACUUCUGUCUUUCACAUACUUUCUGCCUUUAAAUCCCUAAGGGUGCCCCUUAAGGGCAUCUUUCUGCAGUGUCUGUUUGAAGUGGCUGGAGUGAGAGUUCUUUGAAGCAUAUUUUUAUUUAUUUAUGUAUUUAUUUUCAUAUCAAAGAAUAUGUCAAGGACUCCUUUGGCCUCUUGCCUUAUGUUCUUGUCUCUUGAGCGGCUGCUUAUAGGAGAGGGCCUCCAGUCCAUAGAGUGAGAGGACAGGCGGGGGAGAGGCACCUGAUCUCCUAAUUGCGUCUCAACUGGAAUGACUUUCAUUGUGGCUGUACUUCCUGCUCUCUUUCAGCAGGUGCAUAUGCUAGCAAGUCCAUCAACUGAACGGUCCUUUUGAAAUUGUAAAAAAUGUGAAUUACCGCCUUGGUUUUGUAACUUCAUCUUUGGUUUGGAUUUGUUUUUUCCUUUUUGCAUGUGAAGGAACCACACUGGGGGGAGAGGGGGUUUCACAUCCGUGGCAGAAACAGAGAAACCAAACCACAGAUGCAUGAAAUAAGCGAGCUGAAAAGAAGAGGUGAACUUUUCUCUACUGUAUUAAGCUUAGUUUUUGUAAAAGAGAAUGUUAGGUGACAAAAAUGUAAGCAGAUGAUAUCCAGAUGUAAGCAGAUGAUAUUGUUUUGGCAUGAACUGUAUGCUUUGACUGAACAGUGGGGAGAUAUGUUUUUUAUAACAGCAGAUAAAUUGAAUACAGAAGACUGAAUCCAUGCUUCUAACUUGUAAGUAAUAUUUUUAUUAGUUUUUGCUUAAAUUGAGCAUUAUUACUGAAACAUAUGUCCCUAUGUAGGUAAUAGUUAUCUUUGCGCUGGCAUUUGCCUCUUUCAGAUCCUCAUUUUUAGUUCAAUUUGGUAUUUAAGGACAAACCUUCUGCCUGUCUCCUAGAACUGGUGCAAGAGACCGUUAGUUGCUGCUGUGCAAAACCAGCCUUUACUAAACGUCUUUGUUUUUCUCUUUAGAAGAAGCAGUUUGUAUGUAAUCCGUAGAACAUUACAGAGCAUGUCAUAGACCUGAUGAAAAGUUCCAGCGUAUAAGAUGUUACGAUUUUUAUUCUGAAACGUUCAAAAGGAGAUCUGCAAAGGGAAAAAUGAAAACGUAUUUUUUUUCAGAUUAAAAAAGUGGGGUCAUUUGAUGUAUAGCAAAACACAAAAUGAGCACAAGCUAAAGAGACCUCGUACAAGAGUACAGCCAGCAGCAAAGCGUUACUACAUCUUUCAUUUUCUUCUCAGUUAGGAAAAUGUGUUACUUUCAUUAUGGAAAAGGGAUAAGGAGCUGAACUGGUUUAAGGUCAAAUAAUAUAGCUAAACAUUUAAAUAGUUCGUUGCUUAUUGAAGAUGCACGUUACAGCCAAGGGUAAACUGUGGGUUGUGUUGCUCAGUACGUCACUGUGCAGAAGUUCCGUAAUGUUUUAGAACAACUGUCUGGAAUAUAGAAAGCAGCUCAUUCUUAGGACGAAGAAGUAUGGAAAUAUAGUGAAGAAGCAUGAGAGGAGGGAGUCAUUGCCUCACCCAGGAGCAAUCCCAAAGCAGUGGCUUAGAGAAAAAUUUAUGGUAUUGUGAAUAGCUCACUAGUGUUACAUCAUAGAAUUGGGAAGAGCGUACGCAAACGCUGAGUUCCCAGUGCUGAAACAGCAGUAUGCUCUUUAAUUAGUAUAAACGUAUAUCUAAGAUUUAUUCAAAACAAGACAACCUAAAUGGAGUCAUUGUGAUCUAUUAUAAUUCAUGAUUUGGGGAUAUUUGGUAUUAGCAAGCAUUUUCUGAACUUUUGACUUGCGCCACAUAUCCAAAACGCUGUGUGUAGCAGUUACCAAGCCUGGGUCGCUCUCACCCCAGUCACCAAUUCCCCAUGUAUUACAGAAUGUUACACUGGUGCUGCUUUUGUUCUAAUGCCUGAUCUUUGGUACCUGUGUCAGAGGCUUCACAGGAAAGAGUGAAACCUACAGUGUGCAGGUGAGGAGUGAACUUUUAGCGAGGUAAGUAACUUCUGACACUUAGUGACUGUCCUAUGAAUUGAAAGCUUUAGAGUUUCGUUUUCUUAAUUUCAUGCAAUAUAAUGGCUGUAAUAAUGAAAAUAUUUCUGCUGAUCUCUUAGUUUCCUUGAUGUAAUCCAUCAAAAUGUAUGUUAAUGAAAAUGAAAACACUUCUGAUAAUAAAAAUAUUUGAGAUCUAUGUUGAAAAGUAUGUUUAAAAUAACCCUCCUCCAGAAACUUACUUUUUAAUGUUGACUAUUUCAGUAACCUGGAUUACCGAACAGGCCCACAAUCAGCACAGUUGAGAGCUUUAGGGAUUUCUCAGGUAAGAUUAAAUAAUAAUUAAAGAAGUAACACAUACCAAUGCCACUUCUAGUCUUGCUUUAACCCAGAAGCCUUUGCUUGACACCAUAAGGGAUUACAUGGGAGCUCUCAACAGCCCCCUGCAGCUUCCAUUGCAGAAAGACCGGAUUGCAAUUGAAUGACUUAAGAAUCACCUUGGUCCUUCCAGAAAGGAUCCAGUCUUUGCACACUUGUGAGGAGUCAUGUACAUCGAGAUCCUUCAUAGCCAUCAUGUAGCAUGCCCUGAAAUGUAUCGGGCGUAAUGGCUUGGAGAGACCAUAUUCAAUGGCACAUCUGGCACUCUUUCAUACGGAGCCUCUUUGACGCUCACUAGAAGAGUGCCAGAUAGAAAGUGAGGAUCAUGUUCUCCAUACACUUAAUCAGUUUUAAUUAAACCUAGAGUCUUGCUUCUAAGAGUCUCUGAAUACCAUAGAGAAAUGAGAAUCCAUUCCUGAUGUCUCUUGCUUGCAGUACUGUACACCACCAAGGUGGUAGGAGGGUUUUGUGACUAUCAGCUUCAAGUAAGGUUGUACAUAAAGCCCUUUGUCUGAAGCUUACUUUUUUAUAAAUCCCAAAGUGUGUUUGGGGAGUGGACGGUGUGGUGCUUUCGGUCUCUGUUCUAGAAAGAAUUGUUUUUUCAAAAAGGGGUUGAAGCUGUGCAUGUAAGAUGAUAAAGAGCAGAACCAAUGUGGCAUGAACGCACCAACUUAGAGCCAAUGUGAAAUAUGCCCUGGGCUUUGUUUUAAAUCUCGGUUUACAUCUUGUCAGAGACAUCUGUAUGUUAUUACUUAUUUUUAGGAGUCAAAAUACUUCGUGUAGUGUCUACACAUAAGGUUAUUGCACACAGCUUUGGAUUUAAUUU